CCAGGCUAUAAAGUUGCUAUCAUUUCAAAAUCUGGUGAGGGUGUGGAACAUGUUCCUGCAUCUGAGAAGCCAUCUGAAAAAGCAGCUCCUCAGCCAUCCCCCCCAGCUGAAGAUAAGAAAGAGGAGAAGGCAAAACCUCAAGUUGAGACUACUCCUGUUAAGGAAAAGCCGAAGGAGAGUUCACCUCCACCCCCUAAACGCUCUCCUACAGAACUCCAACUUCCCCCCAGAGAACGGGAAAGACGAGUUCCCAUGACUAGGCUCAGAAAAAGAGUUGCCACACGUUUGAAAGAUUCUCAGAACACAUUUGCAAUGCUGACGACGUUCAAUGAAGUUGAUAUGACAAAUUUAAUGCAGCUCCGCACUGAUUACAAAGACGCCUUUGUUGAAAAGCAUGGAGUGAAGUUAGGAUUCAUGUCUGGAUUUGUGAAAGCAGCAGUUAGCGCACUCCAGAGUCAGCCAAUAGUUAAUGCAGUUAUUGAUGGCGAUGACAUCAUAUAUAGGGAUUAUAUAGACAUCAGUAUUGCUGUUGGUACCCCAAAGGGUCUUGUCGUACCAGUUCUCCGCAAUGCUGAGCAGAUGAAUUUUGCUGAGAUAGAGAAGACAAUAAACGGGCUUGCUAAGAAGGCAAAUGAUGGAAGUCUAUCCAUUGAUGAGAUGGCUGGAGGUUCGUUCACAAUAUCAAAUGGUGGAGUCUAUGGAAGUCUUCUCAGUACCCCUAUCAUAAAUCCUCCUCAGUCUGCUAUCUUGGGAAUGCAUUCAAUAGUCAGUCGCCCAAUGGUUGUUGGAGGCAACAUUGUUCCAAGACCAAUGAUGUACAUUGCUCUGACAUAUGAUCAUAGACUGAUUGACGGAAGAGAGGCAGUGUUCUUUCUGAGAAGAAUUAAGGAUGUGGUGGAAGAUCCCCGUCGUUUGCUCCUUGAUGUUUGAAUAGGCAACAUCCUCUGGCUUUUUAUUUUACAUGAGAGUACACUCAAGCUAAGAACCAGAAUAAAUGGCGAUGGCAAAGUUUUGUAGGCCUUGGAUGUUGCUCUAGUCCUGAUUAUUUACUUAGUUGCAGCAAGCUAUACUUGAGAUUUGCAGAGCCGUAAAGAUCUUGCGUUCCCCUGAGGUUCACCAACUAUGCUUAUUUUUUGUUUAUAUAUAUUAUUAUACCAACUGUAAUUGUAUUCGAAUUGGGUCUUUUUGCAUUUCUGCCCUACAGCUCUUUGGCUUCAGUAUUUUCUUCUGCAUUGGAAUUAAUACACGUUUGAAAAUUCA